AUGGUUAACUCUACCUCCUUUCUCUCCCACCAUCACCGCCGCAUUAGGAAAAGAGCUCUCUUUCAACAGAGACACUCCAUAGUCAAAGGCUCAACGACGGUGCUGAGGUGGAUUCUUCAUUGCCGUCCCGACCUACCUAGGAAUCUCGUUUGCCAGGAUCCAGCCAUUACUGUCUUGAAUAAACCUCAUGGUAUGGCUGUUCAAGUAAAUCAUAUGUACUUCCAUGCUUUAUGA